AUGCCGCCAACGCACGUGCAAUUUCGUGCUCCCACCAUCCGUGCACCAGCAACGACUCACACUGAAGACUGUAACGAGAACUGCAGAACCUCAAAAAGCAGCGAAGAGGACUCGGCGUAUGCCGGCUUCGGCAGCACCAGUCCAGCGUCGUCCACUCAAAGCUCUAUGAGCUUACAGUCAAGCUCGUCAAAAGUACUCUGUGAAUCAUCGAACUUCGGAAGAGUUGUUGAAUCGGCCCCAUUGAAGCCUGCACCUCCCGCCAUCGAAUGUGAACCGUCCUCGUCUUCACGAUCGCUCGAGAAGAAAGCACCGCCGGUUCCCAAUCGCUCUGGAUCUCGCAUCGAGACUACUUUCGACUGUACACCUCCGGCGAUGGCACCAAUACGACAGCCACCUGCUUAUGAGCAGCUCGUCCAGCAAGGCCGAAUACAUCGCUGUCGACUG